GCAAACCGCAGCAACGCCCCUCCUGUUUCCUUCCAAGUUCCAGCUUCCAACACGACGAGGCGACGACUAUCCCCCUCUCCCUUGUCCCUUCUGCAGCUCUCCUCUGAGGGGGGCGCCCCCGUACGUGCUUCGAUGGGCUCGCCGGGGAUGGCGACGGCGGCGGGCACGGCGGUGCUGGUGUACCUGGUGCUGUCGGGGCGGCUCUGCGGGGACGUCGACGGCGGGAGGGGCGCCACCGAGGACGAGAUGAUAGCCUCCGCGGUGUCGUCGGCGGCCGCGGCGGCGAGGGCGCGGCGGAAGGAGGAGGAGCGGAAGGCGAGGCGGCGCGCGCGGGGGCGUCGGCGGCGGUGGGCGCCGGAGCGGGCGCCGGAAGGGUGGGGCAAGGCGGUGGCGGAGGCCGCCAGGGCCGUGCGGUUCGCCUACGGGGAGACGCUCGGCAAGUGGCCCCUCGGGGAGCUCGCCUUCGGGAUCAACUUCUACAUGCGGCAGCAGGGUAAUUUGCAGCAUGAGUAUGCUGGGAGUGAUUCUGUACCACUGGGAGGGUCUGGGGCAAGGGAGGAGCUGAUUUCAUUGCUCAGAUAUAUGAGGUUAUGCAUGUAUUUCUCAAAGAAGCCCUAUAAAGUGUUUUUGGAGUUUGGCGGAUGUGAUGAAAGUGAUGUUCUUAUCAAGAAAUCUAAGGCCAGGUUUCUGAAGCCUGCCUUCACAGUUGUGCGUGAUAGAAGUACCAAAUGCUUUCUCCUUUUUAUUCGAGGGGCUAUUAGUGUCAAGGAACGGUUGACAGCAGCAACUGGAGCAGAUAUUCCAUUUCAUCAUGUUGUGGCUAAAGAUGGCCUUGUAUCCAACGUAGUGCUGGGAUAUGCACAUUGUGGAAUGGGUGCAGCGGCUCGCUGGAUUGCAAACCAGGCCAUUCCUUGCCUCAGUAAAGCAGUGGUCCAAUUCCCAGACUACAAGAUUGUGAUCAUUGGGCAUUCAAUGGGUGCUGGUAUCGCGGCAUUAUUGACAUACAUUCUACGUGAGAAUGAUAAGUUAUCAUCAGCCACAUGUAUCGCAUUUGGGCCAGCUGCUUGCAUGACAUGGGAUUUGGCUGAGUCUGGUAAAAACUUCAUUACAACUGUUGUCAAUAGAAAUGAUGUAGUGCCAUCUCUUGGCAGAGUUUCAACUGCCAAGCUCCGUAAAGAGGUUAUGGCAUCAUCAUGGGUACAUGAACUUCGUGAACAAAUCCAUCAGACUAGAUUCUUAGGUUUCGUGAACCGCUCUGUGAGCUUCAUGCGAUCUCAUGUGCCCUUCAUAUCUGACCCAAGAUCUAGAGUUGUAGAUGCCGAUAUGCUGCAGCCUCCCACUUCUAAGGUUGAGACUGAAUCUUCAGAGGAUGUCCAUUGUGUGGUUAAGAAACGCUCCACUCUCAUUUGCUGGUCAUGUGUUUCUGCACAGAACCAGACUAUUGACCCUGCAAAACAUACUCAGGACAUGACAAAUCAAACUGAUGUUGAUGUCAAAACUGAAAAAACGGACACUGAAGCAGCUGCUGCAGAGCUAGUCUCAAUUUCUUUUGGGGAGUUAAACAUUGAAGAUACUGACGGAGACGAGAACGAAUCAUCUCCGAAAGGAAUAGAUGAAGGCCAGCCAAUGGAGAUUCUAGAAUCCUUGACCGAUAAGCAUAAGGAGUCAUCAUCGUCAAGCCCUUCUGAAGAUUCCCUCCAGCUAUACCCUCCAGGAAGAAUCCUGCACAUGGUUGCAUUGCCAGUUGCAGAGCCAAACACAAGUGAUCAAGGGGGGCAGCAGGACGUUGUCGCCCUGUACGAGACACCUAGACAUCUCUACAGCAAGAUUCGCCUGGGGAGGUCCAUGGUAGGGGAACAUUACAUGCCCAAAUACAUCAAUACAAUGGAGCUGUUGAUUGAGAAGCUUGCAGAGGAGGACAUCAAGGGCGGCCAGCUGGGUUUGUUGUAGCACUUGACCAGUGUACAGAAGAAUUGGUGUACAGAUCAUGGAAAGGAAAGGCAUGAUUUCAGAUUGCUAGUACACUAGAUCUGAUUGCUACACGGUUUGUUGUCAUAGAAACCAAGAAGCUGUACAAUUCCUAGUCAUUAGAGCCGCAGGAUCAGCUCAAAGAGCAGAAGCCUGAUGAUAAUUUCAGUAAUACAGUAUGGUUAUUUUUUUAGCUGUGAAUAUUAGUCACUAACUGAGGUUAGCUAACCCAUGAUAGUUCUGAAAAAUGCACUGUUUGUUAGGAAGGUAUUUGAUUCUGAAGCUUUAUCAGAUUCAUCCAUUGUGUGAACUUUUAUCAGACCUUGUUUCUGCGAUUGAUUUUGUUCAUGGAAGUGCCUCAUGUACGAUGAA